GAGAGUUACAGUGUUUCUGGGAGGUGGUGAGAGUGGGUCACGAGCUAGGAAGUCCUGACGAGUACCUGCCUGACGAAGGAGAGAAAAGAGAAAGACGAAUUUUUUAAACACUUGUUUGAGUUUGAUAUUUUAUAAGGCCCGAGGUCCUCCUCGUCUUGAUCCUCUGUCUAUUCACCCGCAGCUAAAAUGAGGUUCCGGUGGUUGGCCCUGGGGGUCAUCCUUCUGGCUGCAAUUGCCUUAGCACAAGACACAGCGGGAAGCCCUCGCAGGCGCUCGAGAUUUAGGCCUAGGUUAAGGAAAGGCAACCAAGAAGCGGCGGAGUCUGUGCAGACGAGAACAGUAACCAACGCCGUGGGCAACGGAAGAGCCGACUCGUCCACAUCCGCUUCCAACACCGUUGGGAGAAGAAGAGGCUCUACAGCAUCGUCUGGGGACAGAGUCAGGCUCAGGCCCCGAAUCAGACCAGCAGCGGGGCCCAACCAGUCCAGCAGAGAGUCCAAUGCGGUUGGUGUCAAGAACAGCGGGGACCCCGAUUACAAAGUGGUAUGUUACUACACCAACUGGUCCCAGUACCGGCCAAAGGUCGGCAAAUUCCUCCCGGAACACAUAGAUCCCUUCCUCUGCACCCACAUCAUCUACGCCUUCGGGUGGAUGAAGAAGGGUCGGCUGUCCUCCUUAGAAGCCAACGAUGAGAGUAAAGAUGGCAAAACAGGAUUCUACGAACAGAUCAACGGCCUCAAGAGUCAGAAUCCCAAGCUCAAGGUCCUGCUCGCUCUCGGUGGCUGGUCCUUCGGCACCAAGAGAUUCAAGGACAUGUCCGCCACUAGGUACACCCGUCAGACCUUCAUCUUCAGCGCUAUUCCCUUCCUGAGGAAACACAAGUUCGAUGGCCUCGACCUCGACUGGGAGUACCCUACGAGUCAGGACAAGGAGAAUUUCGUCCUCCUGCUGAAAGAACUCUUCGAAGCCUUUGACGCAGAAGCCAAGGAAAUGGGACUCCCAAGACUCCUGAUAACAGCUGCCGUUCCCGUCGGUCCUGACAAGAUCCGAGGUGGUUACGAUAUUCCUGUAGUCUCUCGCUACCUGGACUUCAUCAACGUCAUGGCUUACGAUUUCCACGGCAAGUGGGAGAACACUGUCGGACACAAUGCUCCACUCUACGCCCCUUCUGUGGACACUGAAUGGCGAAAACAGCUGUCCGUCGACCACGCCUCAAACCUGUGGGCCAAACUGGGAGCACCCAAAGAGAAGCUGAUUAUCGGAAUGCCAACCUACGGACGUAGUUUCACCUUGUCGAACCCCGGCCAGAACAACGUGAAUUCUCCCGCCAGUGGAGGAGGCGAUGCUGGGAAGUACACUGCCGAAGGAGGUUUCUUGGCUUACUAUGAGGUCUGCGAGGAGCUACAAGCUGGAGGUCACUACAUCUGGCACGAGGAGAUGCAGGUGCCCUACAUGGUCAAGGACAAACUGUGGGUCGGCUUCGACGACGAGCGCGCCAUCCGCAACAAGAUGAACUGGAUCAAGAAGAACGGAUUCGGGGGAGCCAUGAUCUGGUCGAUUGACAUGGACGACUUCACCGGCACCGUCUGCGGAGGAGGCUUCAAGUAUCCCCUGAUCAGCGUUAUGAGGGAAGAACUUCUCGGUAUUCCCAGAGGAGGCAAAGACGUCGACUGGGCAUCUGUCACCAAGACUUCAGUAGCCACUAUCACCACACUUCCUCCCCCAGUCGCAGUUGAUCCCCUGGUCGUCAUAAAGGACUACAAGGAUAGACUCUCCCAGCGCCAACAGGCUCAGGCAUCAAGCUUGAUUGACGUCAUACCAAGCAUCCCAAGAGACGCCCCGAAGGUCAUCUGCUACUACACCUCCUGGUCCUUCAAGAGACCCGGAGCUGGAAGGUUCGAACCAGAGAGCAUCGACCCAUUCCUGUGCACCCACAUCAUCUACGCCUUCGCCGGCAUGGAAGACUAUCGUCUCGCCCCCGGGGAACCUGACGACAUUGGCGACGGUUUUAAGGAGGGAUUGUACACCAGGAUCGUAAAACUCAAGGAGAAGAACCCCACCCUCAAGGUGAUGUUGGCCCUCGGUGGCUGGGCCUUCGGUUCCAAGCCCUUCCAGGAACUCGUAGCCAACCCAUUCCGAAUGAACGGCUUCGUCUACGAUUCGCUCGAGUUUCUCCGAAAACACGAGUUUGAUGGCCUAGAUAUUGACUGGGAGUAUCCUCGUGGCCCUGAUGACAAGGCCAAUUACGUCAAUUUCCUGCGCGAGCUUCGCCUGGCUUUCGAGGGAGAGGCAAAAUCCACUGGGCAUUCCAGACUACUUCUCUCAGCGGCUGUUCCAGCAUCCUUCGAGGCUCUUGCUGCAGGUUACGACGUCCCCGAAAUCAGCAAGUACCUGGACUACAUCAACAUCAUGUCCUACGAUUUCCACGGACAGUGGGAGAACCAAGUAGGGCACAACUCCCCUCUGCUGCCCCUGGAGACUGCCUCCUCAUACCAAAAGAAACUCACUGUGGACUUCAGUGUCAGGGAAUGGAAGAAGCAGGGUGCCCCAGCCCAGAAGAUCAUGGUAGGAAUGCCCACUUACGGCCGCUCCUUCACCCUCGCUGACACCAGCAAAUUCGACAUUGGUGCCCCAGCUUCCGAAGGCGGAACCGCCGGACGCUACACUCAGGAGACUGGCUUCCUUGCUUAUUACGAAGUUUGUGAAUUCCUGUAUGAGGACAACACCACUCUGGUGUGGGACAACGAACAGCAAGUGCCGUUUGCAUACAUGGGCGACCAGUGGGUCGGCUUUGAUGAUGAGCGCUCCCUUGGUGUCAAGGGAGACUGGCUCAAGACUGAAGGGUUUGGAGGAGUCAUGAUCUGGAGCGUUGAUAUGGACGACUUCCGAGGAAACUGCGGCACGGGCAAAUACCCUCUCAUUAACUCCAUUAAGGAAUCUCUCCAGAACUACACCGUCGCGCAAACCUACGACGGACCUUACGAAAAUACCGGAACGCUGGAGGGGAAGAGCACUAAAAAAGAUCCCAACGAAGUCGUCUGCGCCGAGGCUGACGGACACAUUAGUUACUACGAAGACAAAACCGACUGCACGAAGUACUACAUGUGUGAAGGCGAAAGGAAACACCACAUGCCCUGCCCGGUCAACCUGGUCUUCAACGUCGGACAGAACGUCUGUGAUUGGCCAGAAAACGUCCCAGGAUGCGAGAAUGCUAUCGUAGCUGCCGGCCGAUGAGCAUCGAGACGUUAACAAUUGUUUUUCAAUAAAAAAAAGUGAUCGAUGGGAACGUCUCUCUUGUGGGGCGCUUUGA